UGUGGCAAUAUUCAACUGCUGACUUUCAUCAUCGCCUAAAUUUACUAAAUUUUACUAUAUUUUCGUACAGUGUUUCAUAUUUUGUAAUAAACAAAAUUGCUUCCCCAAUAAAGCGAUACUUAGGCGGCUGCAUUAGUUUUUUUGGCAUAUUUCAAAGGCAGCUGCGUGGUGCUAUAAUGGAUACGGAACCUUUAGACCCUAUGGAUAUACUUGCAUAUACUACUGAGGAGUUGCAAGGGCGUUAUCGCCUUGCCAAAGAUGGCACAGAGAAAGCUAAAGUAUUCGCUGAUUUCCUGUGUCGUUGGGAUGCAGACACAGCGCUGGCACCAGUGAAGAACAUGAAGAUCGAAUUUCAAGCAGAUCUUGAUUGGUUCAAUGUUACACGGCCGUUACCUUUGAAGUCGCUGCAUGGCAAGCUGGUUGUGCUAGAUUUCUUCACCUACUGUUGCAUCAAUUGUAUGCAUAUUUUACCAGAGCUGCAUGCGCUCGAAGAACUCUAUCCACCAGAAAGUGGUUUAGUUGUGAUCGGUGUGCAUAGUCCGAAAUUUGAGAAUGAAAAAGAUGGCGCCAACAUAUUGUCUGCUGUACAACGUUACGGCAUUACACAUCCUAUUGUAAACGAUGCACGCAUGACAUUAUGGCGCGCCAUCGGUAUACGCUGUUGGCCAUCAUUGCUAGUGUUGAGUCCAAGCGGUGCGCCCAUGUUGUUACUAAUGGGUGAAGGACAUGGUGCAUUUCUGCAAAGCUUCACCGAACAGGCGUUACGUCAUUACAAAGCAAAAGGUGAAAUAGAUAACUCGGCGUUGCCACUCAAAUUGUCUACUGAUGCUAUGCCAGCGUCGAACCUUCGUUUCCCCGCAAAAAUUGCACGUAGCGAGAAUGGACAAUUUGCCGUUGCUGACGCGGGCAAUCAUCGUGUUUUAAUAUUUGAUAGCGAAGGUGUCGUGCGUCAACGUAUUGGUGGCAGUACGCCUGGUUUUGUUGAUGGCGAUUUUACGACAGCACGCUUUAACUCACCACAAGGUCUGGAUUUUCUUGAUGAUGAUGUUUUAAUUGUCGCCGAUACCGAGAAUCAUGCCUUGCGACAAAUAACUUUGAGCGCGUGUCGUGUCGAAACACUAGCCGGUACUGGUCAACAGGGUAAUGAUCGUGUAGGCGGCAAAUUGGGACCACUACAAGCUAUCUCUUCGCCUUGGGACAUAGCUGCGUUCAGAAUGCGCGACAUGGAUAUGUCAUUUCAUUUGGAUGAACGUAUUGUGCCUGAAAAAGCAAUUGUACUAGUGGCUAUGGCAGGCACACACCAAAUUUGGGGUUACUUUCCCGAGGGUAUCAUUUGGUGGAAAUAUCGGCAAUUAGAUCAACGUUCAUGUGUAGCAAUUAUCGGUAAUGGCAUGGAGGAGAAUCGCAAUAAUUCAUAUCCACAAAAUGCAGCAUUCGCACAACCCUCAGGUUUGGCUUUGGGUAAGAAUUUUCUCUAUAUUGCGGACAGUGAGAGUUCCAGUAUACGUAAAGUGUCAAUGGUGGACGGCAAAGUAAUGCCGGUUGUGGGCGGUGACCGAAAUCCAUUAAAUUUAUUUGCUUUCGGUGACGUCGAUGGCAAACAGUACAACGCAAAACUACAGCAUCCACUUGCGGUCGCCUACAACAGUGCGACAGAUAAAAUUUUUGUCGCCGACACCUAUAAUCACAAAAUUAAAGUAAUAGACACCGCCACAAGUUGCAUAGAAACGCUGUUGAUUAAGGACGAGAAUGGCGCACUGUUACAAUUCAAUGAACCUGCUGGCUUGUGCUUCGACGCCAGCGGUCAAUUGCUUUAUGUUGCCGACACUAAUAACCACCGCAUACAAUUGGUAGAUAUGAAAACGCUUACAGCGAAAUCUUUCAAGUUGGACUUCAAUGCAAUCGCCGCUGCCAGUAAUGACACGGAAACUGAUUCAGCGCUCAGCCGCGGCUUAAAACUGCUCAAAAGCGUGCCAUUACGCUCUUGCGUACAAUUGAAGUUGCGUGUAAAUAUCAGUUUGAGUAACGAAUUGAAGUUCACAGAGGCGGCACCACAACGUUGGACACUUAAGAGUGUCACACCGGGCUUGCAACCGUCAGCGACUUCGGGACAAAUAACUAAUGGCGCGCUUAACUUGCAACUCGAACGCAAUGCAGCUUUAUUGCCGGCCGAAGAAGAAGUUAAGUUGGAUCUUGCGCUAAGCCUAUGCGAUGCAAAUAGUUGUCUUAUGAAGCGUUUUGCUUUGGUGCUAACAGAUAGCAACGCCACUGCAGCGUCGUUGGAUAAAGCGUGUGUACUCGAUGAAAACAUAAAUAUUAAAAUUACGCAAAAUGAGAUUCUUAUUAGUUAGUGAAAAUUCGGCGUUUACUUUUUUACAUUUGUUAUGAAAGUGUAUUGAAAUCGUUGUGUUUCGUGUUAUAGAUUUAUAGUUUAUGUAAAUGCGCGUAUAUAUGUAUACGUUAAAGUACUUGUACUUUUGUAAAAAUGCAAUAACAACGUAUAAAGAACUUGCGACGCUUUUAUAAUUGCAAAUAAAGUGUGUACUUAAAAAGUGUA